AAUUGUCGUUGUUGCUGUUGCCAUUGCCAUUGCUGCUGCCGUUGCUGCGGCUGCUGCUGCUGCUGCUGCUGCUUCGGUCGCCGAAAACGCGCGUCUGCGGGACGCGGCACCGACUAGGACGAUACGCUCAACGUCAUGGCCGCCAACGUCUGGCUAGUCAUGAGCUGGAACGACGACAAGCUCAGGUGGAACUCCUCGGACUACGGCGGCCUACAGAGCGUCAAUCUGGCCGCCCACGAGAUCUGGCUGCCCGACGUCUACCUGCUCAACAGCGCGGCCCACGGCAUGGAGUACUACGGCGACCGGCAUUGCGUGGUCAGCGAGGAAGGCAUGGUGCUGUGGGUCACACCGACCAUCUUCCACGGAUACUGCCAUCUGGACUUCGCGCUCUGGCCCUUCGAGGCCGACACCUGCCGGCUGAGUCUCAGCUCGUGGACCUACGACGGCAGCCAAGUGGACCUACGGCUGCUCGCUUCCGGCGUGGAGCUCCACGACUACGUGGCCAUCAGCGAGUGGAUCGUGAGGAACGCGACGGCCAGCCGCAGGGAGGAGAGCUUCGACUGUUGCCCCGAGGCCUACGUCACCCUGGACUUCGAGUUCGAGCUGUCGCGCUCGGCCGAGCUCUACUACCACGUCGUGUUCGCGCCCACUGUGCCUAUCGUGCUGCUGUCGCUGCUCACCUUCUGGCUGCGGCCCCAGAGCGAGCUCAAAAUCCUCAUCAACGCGUGCGUGGUGCUCGUGGUCGUGCUCUACCUCGUGUACUUCGGAUACAAGGUGCCGCCGCGAUUCGACAGCAUGCCGAUCAUCGUCAGGUUCUAUAGCGGCUGCCUCUACCAGGCGAGCAUCUCGAUGGUCGUCUCCGCGAUAGUCAUCCACAUCGACAAGCUGUCGGCUCACGCGCGCGUACCACGGCCGAUAAGGCGCCUGCUGCUGGGCCGCGCGGCCCGCUACCUGGGCCUCGGCCACAUCGUCCGAGAGAUCGAGGCGCGCAAGUCGGUAGCCGAGCAGGAGCUGUGCGAGAGCCACCUGAUGGACAUCUCGCUGACGACCACUCCAUUCGCUAGCCUCGACGACGCUCAGCGGCAGCAGCAGCAGCAGCAGCAGCAGCAGCGGCACCAGCAGCAGCAGCAGCAGCAGCAGCAGCUGCCGCCGCCACCACCGCCAUCGCCAUCGCCAGAUUCCGGCAGGAGCAUUACCAACCUCGAGUGGACCCUCGCUGCCACGGCCAUCGACCGCCUUGUCUUUCUCGUCUUCUGCUUGGCGUUCGCCGCGCUAGCCAUUUGCUGCGUACGCUUGCGCAGAUUCACCUUCCCCAGCGACAACGUCCCCUACUGGCACACCUAGAAU